UACAGUAUUACUUCAUCCCUAAUCAACCCUAACAAAAUACCCAAGAAACGUACUUAAAUAUUCAAAAAUAAAAAACCACCCAUAAUUUCAAAACAUGGAGAAGAUGGAGCAUUUCAGCCACAUCCACCCUCUACUGUUAAAGCAGGAACAUAGCAAUAAUUACAACAACCAAGUCCUUUGUUCAGGUUGUGAAGAACUAAUCUCAUCAGGUCCUGUCUUCUGUUGUGUCCAAUGCAACUAUGUCCUUCACAAAAAAUGCGCACAAAUUGCACGCCAUGUGAAACACCCAUUUCACCCUCAACACCCCCUUGUUCUCCUUUCCACCACCCCUUAUGAAGGACCAUACGUAUGUGAUUCCUGUAGAGGCCUCUUCAGUAACUUCGUUUACCAUUGUUAUCAGUGCAACUACGACCUUGAUGUCUCAUGUGCUUCUCAGUUUAACCCUGAUGAUGGCCACAAGCAUGAGUUUUUGUCACUGACAAAUCCACAAUCUUUUGUUUGUUAUGCUUGUGGCAUGUAUGCAAACGAGGGUCUUGCUUGCUUAUGCACCGUUUGUCAGAUUUGGGUUCAUUCUGGUUGUGCUGAAUUACCUCUUGCUAUUAGAAUAAAAGGCCAUGACCACCCUUUGAAGCUCACUUAUACCCUUCAUCAUUUUUAUGGUUUCUGGGGCAAGUUAACUUGUGGUUUUUGUAAUGAAGCGAUGAAUCCAGCUUUUGCGGGUUACUUUUGCUCAACAUGCAAAUUUGCCGUGCAUUGUCCGCAACAACAUUUAGGAGAGUAUGAAGAUAAGGAAUCAUUCUCAGGCUAUGAAACUGAGGAGGAAUCUCAAGAUAUUGAUUUCACUUUUAAUUUCUUUGGUCAUGAACAUUUGUUGAAGUUCACGGAGGAAUUAGAGAAUGAUGAUGAUGAUGUGCAAUGUUUUGAUAAACUCUGUGAUGCGUGCGUCCAACCCAUCAUGCCACCUUUCUUUUCCUGUGAAGAAGAAAAUUGUGGCUUCUUUUUGCACCAAAGUUGUGCCGAAUUACCAAGAACGAAGCAACACCCGUUUCACAAGCACCCUCUAACUCUUCAAUCCAAGGCUCCUUAUGAUGGAAUUUACAAGUGCGACGGAUGCAGAAGAUUGAGCAAUGGUUUUGUUUACCGUUGUGACGUGUGUCAAUUCGACCUUGACGUUUGUUGUGCUUCCCUUGAAGAGAGAAUUGAACAUGAAAGUCACAAGCAUCCCUUGUUCCUCAAGAAGACAAGUGUUGCGAGGCAAUGCAAAGGUUGUCAUCUAUGGUCGAAGCUUGUGUUUGUGUGUGAUGUUUGUGAGGAUUUUGCUAUUGAUUGUGGAUGUGCUACUCUACUGAGUAAAGCGUGGCACGUGUAUGACAAGCAUCCUCUAAGUCUAAACUAUUGGAUUGAAGGGGAUUUGAGGGAACAUGAAUGUGGCAUUUGCAAUGAGAAAAUGUCUAAGAAGCAAUGGUUUUAUUGCUGUGAUGAUUGUGACUCUGGUGCUCACCCUUAUUGUGUUGUUGGCAAGUUUAGGCGGAUGAAGUUUGGAGGAAGUUUCCAAUAUGAUGUUCACUCACACCCUCUUGCUCUGGUUGAAGAAACUGAGCAGAAGAAUGAAUGUGGAGCCUGUGGUGAACACUGCAAUGGAUGGACACUUGAAUGUGGCCAAUGCAAACGCUACUUUCACAGGGAAGGACAGUGUUUUUGGAAGGAAUUUAAAAAGAGUGCUAAGUAUUUGGAGUUAUCAGGAAUGAUGAGACACAGGUAUGCAGCAAACGUGUUGGCCUCCACGCCAAAUGCAACCACAAAGUGAGGGCCUCAUAAAGAAAAACCGCUGCCUCGAUCACUAGCCCUCUCUUAAUUAAGAAAACCACACUAUGUUAUGUUGUGUUACACAUACAUUUGCAAUUAAACUGAUAUAAUAUGUUAUACAAGACAUUCCUUGUUCAUAUUCAAGACUUGUGAUUCUUCUCA